AUGGAAGAAAAACUCAAUUUACAUAUCUAUCCAUUACGACGAUUAAAAGUAUAUAGCGAGCCAAAUCAAAUUGAUGUGAAAUUGAAAACAUUAAGAGGAAAUAAUUAUUUCAAAGAACAUGAACAAAGCAAUGUAUUUGAUUAUCAAACAAAGGCUAUUAACUAUCCUUAUAUGAUCUAUGAUUCAAUAAAUUCAAAUAUUUUACACGAAAUAAAAACUUAUUAUGGAUCUGAUAAAUUAUAUGACAUAGUCAAAUUAACAGAUCCUAAGAAUCCAGAAACUAAUAGAGAAAAUAUAUUUGGGCACGAUAAAGAAUAUGAUGAUAUAGUGGGUUCAAAUGACGAAGAUGUGAAUAAUCAAUCCAAAUUAGGAAAUAAAGAAAAGAAAGGAAGAAAAAAAAAAAAAAAAAAAAAAAAAAUAUUUAAAAUGAAUAGCAAUUAUAGUAGUGAAAUGUCUAAUGAUACAAGUGAUAACAGUUAUAUUUAUAGUGACGUUAGUUAUGAUAGCAAUCAAAGUAAGCAAAGUUUUUUUGGAAAUGAAAAAGAUAAUUCCUAUAAUAAACUUAAGAAACACAAAACUAGUGAAAAAAUACACAAAAAAAUAUAUAAAGAAAAAUAUAAUCAAAAUAUAAUAAAUUUUUUAUAUAAUUCUAUGGAAUAUGAAAAAGGGAUAAGAGAUAAUAAUAUUGUAGUUACUACACCUAAUGAUGUAAUAAAUACGCUUGGAACUUUUUAUAUAGAAAAAAAUGCAUGUAUAAAUAAAAAGUAUGCAUAUGACAUAAACUUUAGACAAAAAACUCCAGUUUUAAUUUUUCCAACUGGUUUUUUUAAUAAUAACAUACAACUUAUGGAAGUUGACAUAGAUAACUGUAUAUAUGAUGAAGAAUAUGCUCAAAAAAAAAAUAGUUAUGAAAAUGCUUAUAGCAUUCCAAGGAUAUACAACAAUAUAGAUAAUAUACCAAUUAAUAUAAAAUUCAAUUUUAAUAAAAAAAUUCAAAUUAUUUCUAGUAAAUUAACCAAUCAUGAUAAAUACAGUUUGAAACGGUUACCAUCAUUUUAUAAUAUGGAUAAAAGAAUAAAAUUAGCAGAAAAAUAUAAUAAAAAAUGUGUUUAUAAAAAUAAAUAUAAAUUAAAUAUAGAUAAAAAUUUAGAAUUUAAGCUGCAUAGAUAUGAAACUGAAAAACAUCAAAUUGCACAUAGUUCUAUGAAUAAAUAUUUAAAAAUAAAAGAAAUAAAAGUAGAUAAUAAUAAUAUUAAUGAAACUGUUGUAUAUACACGAAAUGAUAUAGGUCUUUUUAUUUUUUAUGUAAAUUUUUAUGAAAAUAGUAUUGUUCAAAACUUAAAAGAUUCAAUGUUUACUUCUAAUAAUAUAAACCCAUUUAAAUCACAAAAUAACACAGAUUCUUUUGAAAUAUUUAAUUAUAAUAUUAAAAUAAAAAGAGAUAUACAAUUAUUUGAUAGAUUGUUUCAAAUGUACCCUAGUUCAACAACAUUUGGAAAAUGCUAUUUUUUAGGAAAUAAUAACAGUAUAUAUACAUAUGAUCUAAAUUCAGAUAUUAUUGAUAUAAAAGAUUUAAAUUUGAUUGAAAAUUCUGAAUGUAAUAAAAAUUUUAAAUCCAAUAUAAAAUUUAUAUGUUUAUGUGAUUUAAAUGAUGAUAAUAAUAUUUUAUUGGGUUCAAAAAAUAUAUAUAUAUAUGAUAAAAGAUGUAAAACGAUAACCAGAUUUAAUACUAACAUUGGAUCAACAAAAAAGAUUUUUAAAAAUAGAAUAUCAUAUACAACUUAUUUGAAUACAAAUGCAAAAAAUACAGACGGAAAUCAAACUUAUAACACAUAUGCAGAACAUAAAAGUCGUCAACAUUUUAAUCGAAGUUAUACCGCUAUAGAGAAAAAUCCAGAUUAUCCAUAUAUAAUUGCAGUCGUAAAUGCAUCUUUUAAUAAUAUUGAAAUUUGGGAUAUAAGAAAUCAAUUUGAACCCAUAUUUAUAUUUCCUUUAAAUAUCUCAGAAUUUGUUUCAAUAUAUUUUAGAUACAUUGAAUGGAUAAAAAUAAAUCCUAACUUUACUAAUAAAUUUCACAAAAAUAAUGCUUAUAAUUUAUUUACAUUUUCAUAUUAUCAACAUAUGGUAUAUAUAAGAAAAAUUAUUAUUUAUGAUAAUUUUACUAAAUACAAAGAUUUAGGUAUUCAAACAUAUACUAAUAACCAACCCUUGGAUUAUCUUAACUAUAAAUAUAAUUAUAAUUUUUCAGAUGCAGAUCCUGAGCCAGUUUACAAAAAUUUAACUAGUUUAAAACAAACUAGAUGUAAUAUAGAUACCAAAACGAAGGAAAAUACAAACUCCAAACAAAUUGAAACAGAUUUAAGAGCAUCAAAUAUACUCAUAAGGGAAAAUAUUUCCAUGAAUCACAUAUUUAGUUAUCGAAGCGUUAAAAUGCAUAUUUCAGAUUCUUUUAUUUUAGAUGCAAGUAAAUAUAAUCAUAUGCAAAAAAAUAAAAUGAAUUCAAUAAAUAUACAAAAUGACGAAAAUAAAAUUAAUUCAAUAAAUACAGAUAUGUAUAAUAUAUUUUUUGGUUUAUAUGGAGUAACAUGUAUACAAUUUGUUAUUCCAACUUUAUAUUGUUCAAAAAAAACGGAUUCAAAAAUAAAAAAUAGUAAACAAAAUUUAGAAAAAAGAAACUAUUAUGAUGAAGAAACGACCGAGAUGCAUACUUAUUAUAUUAAAAGAAAACAAAACAAAAUCAAAAAAAAAAGACAAGAAAUUAAAGGUAUAAAAUUAGAUUAUAUUCAAUUCAUUUUUCAUAUAAAUUCGGCAGGAUGUAUUUUUUGUACACCCUUAAAUAUAAAUAUUAAAAAAUUAACAUCAAAUCAAUUACAAAACUGGAUUCCAAUAAAUAAAAUAUAUCAUACCCAUACAUAUAUAAAUGAAAAUAUAGAAAAUUUAUUUAAGCAACUUAUAAAUAUUUUGGAAAAUUCAAAUAAUUCAGAAAACUCCCAAGAAACAUAUAAUGAUAAACAAAAUUCAGAUUCUAAAUUUAACUACAAUCAUGAAAACUUAUUAAAUUUUCAAAAUGAAAUAGAAAAUGAAAAAAAAAACAACCAAAUAAAUAAUAACAAUGAAUUAAAAGAUGAAAUGCUAAAUUUAAAUAAAAAUAAUUUAGAUAUGUUAAAAAAAUGUUCAUCUAAUUAUUCAAAUAUUUCCAAUGAAACACUUUCAAAAAUAUUUAAUUUAAUUACAAAAAAUAAAAUACUUAUUUUAAAAAACAAUUAUAAUGCUAUACAAAUAGUUAAAUAUAAUACUCAGGAAAUAGAUCAGGAAGUUUGGGGAAAACUAAAAAAAACAAUAACAAAUUUAUCCAAAAUAUAUAGAACCCAACAAUGUAAUGAAAAUAUAUUGAUUCCAUAUAUUAACGAAAAUAUAAAUGGAAAUAAUUGUUUUAAUAGUUUGUUUCCUCAAAAUAUUGUCAUGUAUAGAGAAAGAAAAAGUGACAAAAAGUUGGAACAAUUAUAUCAUAAUAUAUAUGAAUCUGUGGAAAACAGUCAGAACGUAUAUCAAAAUGGCAAUAUAACAGAUAUAAAUAAACACUCCGAAUCUAUUUUUGAAAAAACUUAUAAUAAUAAUGAUGAUAAUGGUAAUAAUGAUAGUGGUAAUAAUGAUAGUGGUAAUAAAUUGCAUAGAAACGAAAUAACAUCAAAUUUAAUUGUUGAAAAUAUUAAAAAUAUGUCUAUAAAUAAUAAAAAAAUUAUCGAAAAAAAAAAAAUGUAUCCACAAUAUAAUAACGUACAAGUAUUAUAUGCAAAGGAUAACCUAAUUGAUAUAUAUUCUGAAAAUAAUAUUAAAAAGGAAUAUAAAAAUGAAGUAUUAAAAACAUGUAUAUUAGACAAAGGAGUGUAUAUUAAAUUAAAUGAAAUUAUAAAUAUAAUUCUUGGGGAAGAUAACAAAUCAAUCGCUACUUUUCAUUAUAAUAAUUUUUUUUAUGUACAAACAUUAGUGAAUCUAAGAUAUUCUGCAUAUAAUUUAACUGAAGAAAUGAUUAAAAAAUAUUUAAAUGAUAGUUAUCCUUUUGUAACAUAUUCUCCUAAUUUCCAAGCAUCUAGAAUUUUAAAAAAUAAAGAAAAUAUUUCAAAUAAUACAAAAAUUUUUUAUUCUGAUCGUUUUAAUUUGCUUGAAUUUAUUCUACGCAAAUUAAAAGAAAAUAAACAAAACGAGCAAAACGAAAAACAUAUAGAAUAUAAAACAAACAACCAAUUAGAUCAAAUGGAAAAUAUAUAUUUAUAUGGUGAUGAAAUAAAUUAUGAACAAAAUUUUAAGAAUGAAUAUGGAAUGAAUAAAACUGCUACUCCACAAAAUGAAUAUGAAUAUUUUUCGAAUGUAGAUUUAUGUAACCCUCCAGAUCAUCAAAGUAUGGACAAUUAUUCACAUUCCCAUUUUAAAGAAACUGAACAAAAUAAUAUAAAUACAACAAUAGAACAACCAAAAUAUUCUACAUCAAUUAUAAAAAAUGUAUAUGAUAUAAAAGAACUACUUGAGCUUUACAAUGAAAAAGGAAUUGUCUACAUUUUAAAUGCUAUGACAAAAUUGCAAAAAAAAAAUAAUAAUAAUAAUAAAAAAAAAAAAAAUUGUAAUAAUAAAAAAUUAAAAAACACAUUUAAUGGCAUCUCAAAAGAACUAAACAAAUGUAUACCCACAAAAAACUUUUUUUUUUACGAAUCUCCAAUAUGUUAUUGUUUAUACAACAAUGAUUAUAACAAUAAAAUGCAAUAUAACACUUAUAUAAAUUAUUAUGAUUUUCUUUUAAAUGUUGUUUUAUUUUUUAAUAACACAUUAUCAGUGAUAAAACACAUCAAAGUUUUAUAUCCUGAUGGAUAUAAUAAAUUUUCACAUUCUUUAAAAAAAAAAAAUAAUAAAUCUACAAGCAUAGCACAAGAUGAAAAUAAUAAUAUUAAUUAUUUUGAAAAUAAAUAUGAUAUUUUUGAAAAACUUCGAAAAAGUGAGGCUUGUAUUAUUAUGGAUAAUAAUAAAAACAACGACCAAUUGAAAAAGUUUAAAAAAAAAAAUAUAUUAUUUUUAAGCAAAGAUAUGACAUAUCAAUGCUUUCAACAUAUAUUACAAACUGAAUAUUAUAUACCAAUUCCUAAAUAUAUGAACAAUAAAAUAAAAAUUAAUGAAAACAACUUUUUAUGCACCCCCAUCACUUGUUUUAAAAAUUAUUCAAUCGCUUUUUAUAAUAAAAAAUUAUUUGAUAUAUAUGAUUCGAUCAGUUUUAAUAAUUUGAAACAUUUUGAUAUGCAUACAUAUAUACAAAAUGAAUAUUUUAACGUACAUAAAAAUCAAAUACAUUCUUUGGAAAUGUAUGUUAAUAAACACGAGGCCAACUUAUAUAAUAAUACAAAUGUAACUGGAUAUAUAGGUGGAUAUAAAGUUGACUAUAAUUUGAUGAGUAAAUUGAAGGAACUUUGGCCAUCAAACAACGAAAAUUACAAAUCAAAAGAAAAUUAUCUGGAAAUGAUAAAAAAUCUCAAGAAUAGGGAAAAAAUUAUUUUUCACAAUUAA